CAACGCCCACAAAGCCUCUCUCUCAAGACUUAACAGCUUUCACUACCCGCCUCCUGCUCUACCUACCUAUCAACUCACCUACUUUACUCUAACCUAUACAUAAAGCCAUAAUUAAAUAAGCAACAUGAAGUUCUUCACUGCAGCCCUAGCCACCAUCUUCGCCGGCCUUGCCGUUGCCGCACCCACCGUUGAGGAGCGACAGACAUAUACCCCUUGCUCUGGCCUCUACGGCACAUCCCAGUGUUGCGCGACCGACGUCCUAGGUGUUGCAGACCUGGACUGCGCCAACCCUCCUUCAGUCCCCACGGAUGCUGCAAACUUCUCUUCCGAGUGCGCUGGUAUCGGUCAGCGCGCACGCUGCUGCGUCCUACCCGUCCUGGGACAAGAUGUCUUAUGCCAGACUCCUACCGGUGUUACUAAUUAGAAACACCUUAUUCUUCAUGUUCAAGAAGAAAACACUGUUAAGGCUUUUCGCCAUUGCCAAUCUUUAAAUACGGGGCUUGGGUUCAAAAGAUAUACGGAUCUCCUGGGAUACACGGCUACGGGGAGUUGGAAUAUACAUUCAGGACAUACACGAUGAUUUAGACUGUCAGGUCUUGGGAAGGU